CAAAGUGUGCAAACGAUUCAAGAGUCCGAUUCAAGUGAUGAUAAAAGUGUAUCAAAAAUACCGUUCCGUAGGAAACAGUUGUUUAUACUAAUACUGUUAGCUUACGGCAACUUUUGGGUGGCCGCUUGUGUCAGCCUCCAGGCGCCCUUCUUUCCCAAAGAGGCCGAAUCCAAAGGCGCGACUCCCACUCAAUAUGGGUUAGUGUUUGGUAUCUAUGAACUCAUGAUUGCCAUCACAUCCCCUCUCUUCGGCAAAAUGAUUGCUUCCGUAUCUCCGGUCCUGUUGUGCGAAAUCGGACUCUUUGUGUCGGGUUUUAGUACUGUUUUGUUCGGAGUGUUAGACAACCUUCCCGUGGGAACACCGUUUAUAGCCAUGUGUUUUGUGGUCCGUAUAGUCGAGGGCGUAUCGGCUGCCGCUUUCAUGACCGCCUCGUAUGUAAUAAUGGCUAAAGAGUUCUCCGAUAGAAUUGCCACCACUUUCUCACUGUUGGAGACCUGUUUCGGUUUGGGUCUCAUAUUAGGGCCGACACUCGGCGGCGCUUUCUAUCAAUUGGGA